UUUACAUACAUUGUGCGGUAAUGGUGCAAAUAUUCAAGUUCCUGCUAAAAUCCACCAAGGGACCACCGCGUGCACACUUUCGACCCAGCUUUCUGGACACAUUACGGCUGACGGUACGCGGUGGACAUGGCGGCAACGGAUUGCCGAAAUAUGGUGGAGUGGGUGGUCAAGGCGGUUGCGUCUACUUUGUGGCCAAGGAGGGUGUGACGUUGCGUAAACUGGCGCAGAGUGUUAAGGACAAACGAGUGGUAGCUUCGGGUGGAGAGGACAGCAGCAAGGUGUGCAUAUUUGGACGUCGCGGCGUCGAUCAGCGCUUAGAAGUACCCAUCGGCGUACAAGUGUACGACGAGCAGCACAAAUUGCUGGGCGAUUUGAACGAACCGGAUGCCACAUGCAUUGCAGCCGGUGGCGGAGUAGGCGGCUGUGUAGGUAACAAUUUUAUAGGGCGGCCCGGCGACAGUCGUACCGUGAAUCUGGAUCUCAAGCUGAUAGCGGAUGUGGGUCUGGUUGGAUUUCCAAAUGCUGGUAAGAGCACGUUGCUAAAGGCCAUUUCCAAUGCGAAGCCGAAGAUUGCUGCGUAUCCCUUUACCACAAUUCGCCCACAAAUUGGCACCAUUGAGUACAGCGAUCUGCGUUGCAUUAGCGUCGCUGAUCUUCCCGGCCUUAUUGAAGGCGCACAUGCAAAUUUUGGCAUGGGUCACAAAUUCCUUAAGCACAUCGAGCGCACUCGCCUGCUGCUCUUCAUGGUCGACAUUUUUGGAUUUCAACUGAGUCAGCAGCACCCACACCGUGAUUGUCUAACUAAUAUUUAUGCGCUGAAUAAGGAGCUGGAGCUAUACGAUGCCAGUUUAUUGGAGAAACCCUGCGUGUUGCUGGUGAACAAAAUGGACCAGGAGGGUGCUCAGGAUAUCUGGACUAAUUUGAAGCCGUGCCUGAACCACUUGGAAAGCCAAUUGGCGCAGUGCCCCGAGGAGCUGCGUCCAACACAAGUCAUAAAAUUCGAACGCAUAUUGCCCAUUUCGGCGAAGAAUUUGGGGCGCGUAGCGAAAGUAAAAUCCCAAUUGCGAGAAACACUCGACAAGCUAGCAGAACAGCAUUUUGUGGCCGAUGGCGAGCACCUAAGGGAGGAACUUCAGCAGCGGGUGGGAGUGCGGGGUCCUAAAAUAACCUAAAGAAUCAAGUACUUAGUUGUAGUUGUAGUGAAUAAAUAAAAUUGUUUUAUAAAACUUUUAA